AUGGCUCCUAUAAAUUCCAUUCUCGAGCCGCGGCAGUCAAGCGGCGAUAACUGCCCAAGCACAAUCAGCGGCGGUGGGAUCGCGGGUAUCGUUAUCGGCUCGAUCGCAGGGACCCUCCUCAUUCUUUGGCUGUGGCGAAUAUUCCGACUUCCCGGUGCGUGGAGCGGGGGCGAUACACCUGACGUCGGCUACCGGCCUCCAAUUACUCGCAGCAGCACGAGUAGCCGCGGACAGCGACAACGCCGCCGCCCGUCCGCGACCUACGUGGACUAUGUCGAGAAGCCGACUAGUGUACGCAGCGCACGCCGGUAUAGGGAUCGCGAUGAUUUGCGCCGACCAGCUAAGGUUUAUAUGACGGAACCCUGA